AUGGCGGGCGAGAUGGCGAUCAGCGCGUUCGAUGACCCGCGCCUGGAGUGGGACCACGGCGAGCCGUCCGCACGCGGAGGGAGUUGGAAGAUCGACGAGGCCGGUGAGCUGGUCGUGGCGCCAGAGCCGCAGAGGGACUACUGGUCGCGCACCUUCUACUCGCCGCUCUUGGUCAAGCACGAUGCGCAGACGUUGCUGGCUACCGUGCCAGCAGACGACGAGGCGACGCUGACGACGGCGUUCACGCUGACGCCGCGCGCUCAGUUCGACCAGGCGGGCAUCAUGGUGCUCGUGGACGAGGGGUGCUGGGUCAAGGCCGGCAUCGAGUUCACGGACGGCGUCCCGCGCUUGUCCUGCGUGGUGACGAAUGACGGCUUCUCGGACUGGAGCACGCAGGCCUGGCGGCCGCCGGCGCCGGCCGCGGCGGCGGGCGCGACCUCGGUGAGGGUGCGCGUCAGCAAGCUGCUGCCAGGCGCGGCGCAGGGGCCGUGUCUAGUGAUGGAGGCGUGCCCAUGCCCUGGCGUCGGCGACAGCGCGGCGAGCCCCGGCGAUUGGUGCCAGGUCCGCAUCGCGAGCCUGCGCGCGGGGGGCUCCCCGUGGCGCAUGGGCCUCUUCGCGAUCUGCCCCGUGGAGAACGCGGGCUGCGAGGCGCGCUUCCACCACGUGGCGCUGGGCGCGAAGUGCGAGCCCGUGCACAGGGCCGACAACCCGCUCGACGGCCAGCCCUCUGGCGCGUGA